AUGAGAGUCCAACUGAACCAAAUAUCCAUCGCCCUGGCGUUAUUCGGGUUCGCAUCAGCUGUUCGAGGACCUCUCGAGUACGUGGGCUGUUUCGACUCGCCGACAAAUGUAGAAUUUAGUCGCACCUACAUAUAUCAAUCAGUUGGUUUCUGUGCGGAUUGGUGCGAAUCCAAUAACCAGCCCGUAAUAGCUCUGACAAACGGCACCAAUUGCUUAUGCAGUCAAGCAGUCCCUUCUUUUGAAGCCGUGUCAGAUUCAUUCUGCAACAGAGCUUGUUCGGGAUAUGCGCAGGAGAUGUGCGGUGGCCGAGGUUACUUUUCAAUCUAUUACAGUGCGCAGCCAGACGAGCCCAACCAGGAGACCUUGACGCAAAGCAUCGAGCCGGCCGAGACAGGUGUAGCACUCCCAGCAGUCUCAAUUGAGAACCAGCCCGCUCCGUUGGCAGGUUCAUACAAUCUAUAG